AGAAAGAAAGUAUGGAUCGACAGCACAGGUCGUCAAAACGCGGGUCAAAGUUUAAACAACAAUUAACCGUUUAAUCUCAACACGAAUCAUCUGGCUGAUUUCAAGGCUGAAUGUGCACAAGAUGGCAUUGACUAACGUAUCUCACGAGUACUCUUCAGGAGCAGUCCUUGUAGACGCCGCUUUGACUGCAGUGAGAGAAACAUGCCCCAGUCUUGGACCCAUCAAAACUCUGCCUCCAGCUGCAGCUUCUGUGGUACUGAAGCAAUAUCCUGGAGCACUGUUCAGCGUUCUUCUGUAAAAUCAGCGGAUGUACAAAACAGGACACUUGGAAUUACUUUUCACAAGAUCAGCCAGGAUCAGUUGGAGCUUCUGUUGAAUUCAAUCAGAGCCUCAGAGUGCAGUUGUCUGUUGGAGUCAGAGCUGAGAACGGUGUUGCAGCAAAGGAUUAUGGUCUUGGAUGGUGGAAUGGGAACUAUGAUCCAGCAGCAGAAGCUCAAAGAGGAAGAUUUCAGGGGGGACGAGUUUAAAGAGCACCCACUGCCACUGAAGGGCAACAAUGACCUUCUGAGUAUCACACUCCCAGAUAUCAUUUAUAAAAUACACAAGGAGUACUUGCAGGCUGGUGCUGACAUCAUAGAGACGAACACAUUCAACAGCACGUCUAUUGCCCAGGCAGACUAUGGACUGGAACACAUGGCAUAUCGCCUGAACAAGGCAUCAGCAGAGCUGGCGCGGAGAGCUGCUGAUGAUGUCUGCAAACAAACAGGAUGUAAACGCUAUGUGGCUGGAGCUGUGGGUCCCACGAAUAAAACCCUGUCUGUGUCACCAUCUGUUGAGAGACCGGACUUCAGGAACAUCACAUUCAAUGAGCUUGUAAAAGCAUACUCUGAGCAAGUCCAAGGUUUAUUGGAUGGAGGAGCAGACAUACUUCUGGUCGAAACUGUGUUUGACACUGCAAAUGCUAAGGCUGCCUUGUUUGCCAUCGACCUGCUCUUUGAGAAAGGCUACCAAAGAAAACCUAUAUUUAUCUCAGGGACUGUCAUUGACCGAAGUGGACGCACUCUGUCUGGUCAGACAGGUGAAGCCUUUGUAGUGAGUGUAUCACAUGCUAAACCACUAUGUAUUGGUCUGAACUGUGCCUUAGGGGCAAAAGAGAUGAGGCCUUUCAUUGAGGCCAUAGGACGAAGCACCACAGCUUUCAUUAUUUCUUAUCCUAAUGCAGGUCUUCCCAACACAUUUGGAGGAUAUGAUGAAACUCCACAAGUAACAGCCUCUCAUUUAAAGGAGUUUGCUGUGGAUGCAUUAGUGAAUAUUGUGGGAGGCUGUUGUGGGACCACUCCAUCACACAUAAGAGCCAUAUCAGAAGCAGUCAAACACUGCCAGCCAAGAUAUCCUGCUGUUAAUAUCCAUCAAGACUACUUGUUGCUCUCAGGCUUAGAACCAUUCAAGAUUGGCCCAUACACCAACUUUGUAAACAUUGGUGAACGAUGCAACAUGGCUGGUUCACGCAAGUUUGCCAAGCUGAUCAUGACUUGGAACUAUGAGGAGGCUCUGAGCAUUGCUAAAGCCCAGGUGGAGAUGGGAGCCCAGGUCUUGGAUAUAAAUAUGGACGAAGGCAUGCUGGAUGGACCAACAGCUAUGGCCCGAUUCUGUAACUUGAUUGCUUCUGAGCCAGAUAUUGCACGGGUUCCUCUGUGCAUCGACUCUUCUAACUUCUCAGUGAUUGAGGCAGGACUGAAAUGCUGUCAGGGUAAAUGUAUUGUCAACAGUAUCAGUUUGAAGGAAGGAGAACAGGAGUUCCUGCUCAGAGCUGCUACUGUGAAACGCUAUGGAGCUGCUGUUGUGGUCAUGGCCUUUGAUGAAAAGGGACAGGCCACAGAUACAGACCGUAAGGUAGAGAUCUGUACACGAGCCUACAAGCUGCUAGUCAACAAAGUGGGAUUUAACCCAAACGACAUCAUCUUUGAUCCCAACGUCCUCACCAUUGGCACAGGCAUGGAAGAGCACAAUGACUAUGCUGUCAACUUCAUCAAGGCCACUAAACUUAUCAAGGAGACUUUACCAAGAGCCAGAGUGAGUGGGGGCCUUUCCAACUUGUCCUUCUCCUUCAGAGGAUUGGAAGUCAUCAGAGAAGCUAUUCAUGGAGUGUUUCUCUACCACGCUAUCAAGGACGGUAUGGAUAUGGGGAUAGUGAAUGCAGGGAGACUGCCAGUCUAUGAUGACAUUGAAAAGGAGCUGCUAUUGCUUUGUGAAAACCUCAUCUGGAACAGAGACGCUGAUGUCACUGAGAAACUACUGGCCUACUCACAGAACCAUGUAAAAGGAGGGAACAAGGUAGUUCAGACAGACAAAUGGAGAGAAGAAAGUGUGGAAAAGAGGUUGGAGUACGCACUCAUCAAGGGAAUAGACAAGUAUGUGGUGGAGGAUGUGGAGGAGUGUCGGGUUCAGGUUGACCGUUAUACUCGACCCCUUCAUAUCAUUGAGGGCCCCUUGAUGAAUGGCAUGAGGGUGGUGGGAGAUUUGUUUGGAGCUGGAAAGAUGUUUCUCCCACAGGUGAUCAAGUCGGCUCGUGUUAUGAAGAAGGCAGUUGGUCAUCUAAUUCCGUUCAUGGAGAAGGAGAAGGAGGAGAUGAGGCUAGCAUCAGGGUCUGCAGAGAAGAUGGAUCCAUAUCAGGGUACAAUACUUCUGGCUACAGUGAAGGGGGAUGUCCAUGAUAUUGGCAAGAACAUUGUAGGUGUGGUGCUGGGUUGCAACAACUUCAGAGUGAUCGACUUGGGUGUAAUGGUUCCCUGUGAUCAGAUCCUCAGAGAAGCUGUCACACAAAAAGCAGAUAUUAUUGGUUUGUCCGGCCUCAUUACUCCUUCUCUGGAUGAGAUGAUCUAUGUUGCCAAAGAGAUGGAGAGACUGGGGAUGACAACACCGCUGCUGAUUGGGGGUGCCACCACUUCAAAGGUACACACAGCAGUAAAGAUUGCCCCUCAGUACAGAUGUCCAGUUAUCCAUGUCCUGGAUGCCUCUAGGAGUGUGGUGGUGUGCUCACAACUGCUAGAUGAUGCACUGAAGGAGGACUACUUUGAGGACCUAAAAGAGGAGUAUGAGGAGAUGAGGCAGGAUCACUACAACUCUCUGAAGGAUCGUCAGUAUAUGUCUCUUUCCCAGGCCAGAGAGAAGGCUUUACAUACAGACUGGCUCUCUCUACCCAGACCAGUGCGUCCUCAGUUCUUGGGCACUCGUGUGUUUGAGUGGAACGAUUUGGAGAGUGUGAUGCCCUUCAUCGACUGGAAGCCUUUCUUUGAUGUGUGGCAGCUGAGAGGAAAAUAUCCAAACAGAGGAUACCCCAAGAUCUUCAACGACAAGACUGUUGGUGCAGAAGCUAGUAGACUAUUUGAUGACGCCCAGCAGCUUCUCCACCUGAUGACUAAAAGCAACAGUCUGAAGGGACGGGCCCUGGUGGGCUUCUGGCAUGCACAGAGUGAUGGGGAUGAUAUCAGAGUUUACCAUGAUGAUGUCAUGAAGUGCAGAGACACCAAGCCCAUUGCCACAUUCCAUGGCUUACGACAGCAGGUGGAGAAGGACAGCAACAGUACAGACCCCUACUUGUGUCUGUCUGACUUUGUGGCCCCGCUAGAUGGCAUUGUGACCGACUAUAUUGGGGUGUUUGCUGUGGGUGUAUUUGGAGCUGAGGAGCUGAGUCAAGAGUUCCAGGCUCAGGGUGAUGACUACAGCAGCAUCAUGAUCAAAGCUCUGGCUGACCGGCUGACUGAGGCGAUUGCUGAGGAGCUGCACGUUCGUGUGCGUAAGGAACUAUGGGGCUAUAGCACCGAUGAGGCUCUGCAGGCCUUGGACCUCCACAGAGUUCGAUACCAGGGAAUCAGACCUGCAGCUGGCUAUCCCAGUCAGCCUGACCACACAGAGAAGACCAUCAUGUGGAGCCUGGCUGCUAUCGAGGAGAAAACCGGUAUUGGUCUUACAGAGUCCCUGGCCAUGACGCCUGCUGCCUCUGUGUCUGGACUUUACUUCUCCCAUCCUCAAGCCUCAUACUUCGCCGUGGGAAAGAUCACCAGAGAGCAGGUGAAGGACUACGCCAGGAGAAAAGAGAUGAGUGUAGAGGCUGUGGAGAGAUGGCUGGCUCCCAUCCUGGGUUACGACAAUGAGACUAAUGUCUAACCAAGAGAUCAGAGUAUAGAAUUAUCAGGUUUACAAUCCACCCACAUUCCAAAGUAAUUUCCUUCUGUAUAAAUACACAAGGCCCCAGGAUUUUACACUUCAUUUUUAGUUGUCCAUUUCAGAAUGUGUCACAAAUAAUGUUUUGUUUUGCUUUCAACUAAGCCUGUAGACACACAAAUGCAUUUUGUGUAGUAAUAAAUAACAAUAUAAUUA